AUGCGACGCCGGCGACAUGGAGUUGGAAUUGAUUUGCCAACAAUUGAAGUCCGGUUUGAGAAUUUGAAUAUUGAAGUAGAAGCUAAUGUGCGAGGCAGGGUUUUGCCUACCUUUAUGAGAAGGGAGAUUGCAGUCCUGGUUAUUGCUUGUGGGGCUGAUAAUAGAAAUGAAAAUGAUGAAGCAGGAAUGAAUGAAUCAUGGUAUAGCUUGGUUUGUUUCAUUUUUGUGGCUGAGUUGGUAGUAAUAGAGCAGGAGCAGUUAGUUCAUGGAGUUAUCCAUUUAUUAUUAUCCAUAUUUUAA